AUGUCUGUACUAUCACCUUUGGCUCACUCUACCAACAACCCGCAUCUCACUAAAAACAUUAUUGAUAAACUAGCCAUUAAUCCACAAACAUCAAAUGUAUCAGCAUCACUACCAAUAACACCAACUUCUAUAGAUACACCUACGCUAGACAAUGAAGGAAAUGACGUCACCAAAACCACUGCAAAACCAACAUACAAGUCACUUCCGAUUUCGCCACAACCAUCUAGACCCACUUCCCAGCUAAUAGGUUCACCAAGACUGGCGUUUGCUGAAGAAUUGGCACAACUACAAAACUAUUUCGAGUCGAGGCAUGCACCAUCAUUUGGAGACGAUGAAGAAGAAUUAGAUGAGACAGAAAGUAUAGUAUCGGAAGCUUUUAGUAUAAUGACCCCUGAUUUCAUCACCACGUCUAGAAACAACAACUAUACUGAUAUUGGAGGUAAUGUUAUUCAACCUUAUUGGCCAACUCAACAACAAAGGCUACAGCAACAGCAACAGCAACUAUCUUCAAGUAAUGCUGUGUCAACUGCAGCUUUCCUUGGUGAUUUAAGACUGACGCUUCCAUCAAUCACAUCUAAUGAUUCACCAUCCACUAUUUUAACCUCGUUUUUCUCCAAUCAAUUGUUUUAUGCACAAAACUUAACUCAACUUCCACAACACUUCAUCAAUCAAGAAUUUGACAGUUUUAGUCAUGAUAUAGUACUUAAUCCCCAUAUACCUUGCAAAAAGCAUCAUGCUAAAAUUAUUGAGCAGUUAGAUCAAUUGUACGUUUCUUCAAUUGAAUUAGUAUCUGUUAUAACCAUGUUCAACUGCUUCAUUGCCAAGAUCAAUUGUCAUGAAGUUGGAUUGCAAAAUUUGAAACUGAUGAAAUCACAAUUUGAUUCAUUAAUCAAUGACUAUUUGGGUCAACACGUACAUCUCAUUUUAGAUAAAAUUAUUGAUGGUUUAUAUGAAUACAACCUAAUGAUUGAAGAAAUGUUGGAAGAGGAUGAACAAAAUAAAGGGGUGGAAGGGGGCGCUGGUGAUGACGCUGUUGCUGAUUACGACACGAUUAAUGACUACUAUAAUGAAAUCGAAACGACACUUAAAUUAUCCAAUUCAAAAUUAACGCAACAAGAUUGUGAAAAAUUUUAUAAUUUGUUGAAUAAUGAAAUUAUUCAUGAUAAACAUUGGAUCGAUUAUAUUGCCCACUUAAAAAAUUUAUAG